AUGCCUGGGGAGGAGGAUGCCUGGCUCAUGGCAGUGAUGGCAGCUGCUCGGAUUUUGAAGGGUCAGAUGGUGUCGGUGUGGGCCUGUGAUGCUUCACACAUCACAACUUCCCAAGCCAAUGCCAGACACUACCAGAUUCAUCUGUUGCGUGCACCUCUGUGUGGAACGACGCGUUUCGCGUUUUCUCUUCGCGACGGAAUUGAUGCCGGCCACUGGGCGUUGGUUUGGGAGGUGACUGAAGAGGACUUCAGGGGUUCGUCUUUCAAGCCAGAAGAGGUGAAGAAGCUCGCGGCGCGUUGCGUCGAGCUGGGCUUCGCCUUUGCCAAUGCCUUGGAGGAUCAGGUGGUCGCUGGAGCCAUGGAGAAGUUCCAACCCGACCUCACGGUACUGGUCCCGGACCUCACGGGUGCAUUGCCCGGCUUCGCGUCGGCUUCGGCGCGAAACUACGUGGUGAAGGUGGGACAAAAGAUGACGGGAGCCCCCUGGCCAGAGUUUGCGCCCAUUUGGCUGAAGCAGGACAGUCGCGUCUCCAUUUGCAGAGGGGGAGAAGAGGUUGGAGCGGAGGUAGUUCCCGUGGGCAAAGAGGAGACGGCCCUGUCCUUGCGUGCCAAGCACGCCUUGGUGGCUGCGCGACUUUUGAAAAUUCUCUUGGAGGAGGGCGAAGGCGCUUUGCCAAAGCUGGACGCCUCCAAUUGGAAUUUCGAGGCUGAGGCACCCAAACAGAUUGACUUGAAGUGGGACGAGGACACCACAGAUCGCUUCAUCCGUGGCAGUCUCUUCCCGCCCCACGACCCGGCGGUGGUGGAAGUUCCAGGCAAAGGUGAGACGUACUUCAUCGAGAGUAUGGAGCAAUUCAACGAUUUCCGAAUGAAGGUGCUUGAAGAGGCGGGCACUUUACGUGGCGAUCACCCCAGAAGCUAUGCCGCAGACACGCAUUGGUAUUCGAAUGUGGGUGGCAGCAUCGUGAAGAUGGGCGAUUCGGACAUCCACAUGCCUUUGAAGACCUCGGACAAGAAGCACAAGGCCAUCAUUCCGGGUGCCGCCUUGGGCGCUCGAAAGAAGUUGCGAAUGAACGAGCCACUGAUCGGGCCCAAUGCCGAGCGCUACUGCAGCGCAGCUUUAGCCUCGGGUUGGAUCGGUCCGGAGUCUCGGGCGUUGGGAGCUACCACGGCAGUUGGGGCUGGGUAG